GCUACGCAUGACUCAUGCCUCAGAAUCUAACUGUACAUGUACAAUACUGCAAUGCAAUAACAAGAAUAAGAACAUCACACUCCCUUUACAAACAAGAUAAACAUCACUUCUUUACUUUCUCUUUGAUUGGAUCAAUUCCAUCUCUCUCACUUUUUUUUCUCUUGUUGCUUAUUUUAGUAAACAAUCAUAGGACAACUUCAUAUGCAAGAUGAUAUUUCUCCUGAUGCAAAUGGCCUCUACAAUGUGAGCUUUUAUAAAUUUCAGAUCUUUUUUUCAUGUUUGAAGUUUACAACUAAAGGAAAUGGAGAAAAUUUGUGAAUUCUGCACAGCAUUGAGGCCACUUGUUUACUGUAAUGCUGAUGCAGCAUACCUUUGUCUAUCCUGUGAUGCAAAGGUCCAUUGGGCAAAUGAAUUGUCUGGCCGGCACCUCCGGACCCUUGUGUGUAACUCGUGCUGUUGUGAUCUUGCUUAUGUUCAGUGCUUGGAUCACAAAAUGUUAAUCUGUAGAGACUGCGAUCAAAAGCUACAUGACAGGUCUUCACCGCAUCGCAAACGAUCUGUCAAAUCUUUCAUCGGUUGCCCUUCUGCCAAAGAGUUUGCAACACUAUGGGGAUUUGAAUUUAAGGAGAUUGAAAACAGUGUCAGUCAGAAGGAUCAGUUUGCAUCUAUUUCUAGCGUUUCUACAGAUGUAAAUGUGAUCAAGCAUCACUUUCGAAAUUCAGUCGCUUCAACAACAUCUGGCGACAAACAUGAUAAGGGAUCCAGCAGUCAAUUAGGUCAGAUAUUGUACAGUGAUCAAGAGCGGCAAACUAUUCUGCAGCAGAUUGUUGAUUUAAAAAGGUUUCAGCUAAUAGAGGAGAGGGAUCAUUCUACAAAGAUAAAUGGGCUACAAGUGGAUGAAAAAUUCAAUCAACAAGCACAAAAAUCCAAGUAUUUUGGUAUUAAUCUGCUGGGAGAAGACAAUUCUAUCGGGGAGCUGAACCCCGAAACUUUCUCUUCUGCAUUUUCUCAACUUGAUAAUUUGUCUUCAUCUUCAGUUAUGGACCUUCCCUUGCAUGGAGAGUUAUUUUGGACUGCUAAGAGUUCACUACAAAGUAACCAGUUAUGGCCGCAAAAUAUUCAAGACCUGGGAAUAUGUGAAGAACUUGUUUGUCGAGACGAUUUCAACAUACCUGACGUUGACUUAACAUUCCAAAACUAUGAGGAACUAUUUGGAGGAGAUCAAGAUCCAAUUAGAGUGAUGUUUGGUGGCAAAGACGUCUCUUAUUCUUCAUUGGAGAAGGAUUUAUCAGUUGAUAAUUCAGAUAUUGACAAUCCAAGUACAAUGGAGGUCUGAAUACAUUUUCACUUCCUCUCAGUGAAUUGAGAAUUAAAGUGCUAGAUCGGACCAUAAUAGAAAAUCAUCAUCCGAUUCGUAUGAUCUUAAGCGGAAUUUCUUUUUGUAUGACUAAUUUUGAAGGAUUGAAGACAAUGUCAAUGAAGAAUAAACAUUAUGUUCGGGAAAAAAAAAGUUGUACUCAUAGUUUUCUUACAACUUCUAUCAAAAGAGGAAAAUGCGAAACUGGUCAAGUUUAGGCAUGAAUUAUAUUGACAUUAAUUCAUUCUUGUAGUACGUUAUUAUUGGUCAUGUAAAUUAUAUUUGGAAAACAUUUAAAUGUAAUUGAAUUAGAAAGGCAUCAUAUAUACCUAAAAUAUGUUGCAUUCAA